AUAAUCAUAGAAGAAGCUUCAUUCAGCUUCAUCUCUUAUUUUUUUGGUCGACGUCUCUUCGUUUCGCCUUGAUUGCAAAGUACGAUUUCGUACGUACGUGCGGGUCUGAUCCGAAACGAGGAAACUUCUUGCAAAUUUUAUUCUCUCGUGAAAAACGAAAACUUCAUUUCACAGACCGAUCGACACAUAGUACUAAUAUUACUUCAUACUAGUUGUCCAUCAACUCCUGCUGCAAUAGCUGACUUCGAUCGCUACAGGCUACAACACGCAAAACCAUGAAGCUCUCUGUCCACAACAACACCCACCCCCUGCUCGCGGCGCUGCUCGCCACCUCGCUGUUCAUGUCGAAGGUGUGGUCCGCAGAGGAUCAUGACAUGUUUGGGGUGCCUCUGAAUAAGGUCACUGUGCUUGGACCUAUAAGCGGUUAUUCCUCGCCUGACUGGAAGCCAGAAGAGAUCGAUGACGUCGAGUAUCGAUACCUGGAGGAACUUAUCUACCCCUCCAUUGAUACCUGGGAAGAGGAGUCCUAUAAGACGUGGUGCUUCAAGGAUGGCUUUCAGACCUGGGAAUCAGUGCCCGGCAACCAGACUAUGGAAUGCACCUCCCGAUUUAAACACGUCAACCGUAGAACCGUCAAUAUUACUAUCACGCGCAACUACGGAAUUUGCGUGGGCAAGCCGGAUAUUCACGGCACUCCUGAAUUGCCCUUUAAUGAAUUAAUGCAGGCUAUGGGGUUGAUAUGCGAUGACUUCCUAGUCAGCACCGAAGCUGCUCCCGUCACCGAUGACCAGGAGUCGACCGCUCCCUUGAUCGGCGUCUUUGCCUCGGCCUCAAUCGCCGUGGGCAUGGCUGGUGCUGCAAUGAUUUUGUAGAAAUCACGAGCAUAAAUGACAAGAAACUUAACGGCUUCUUGUCCCUCUCUAGUUCUGGUAGCCUCAUCAAUUACCAUCAUCCUUAAUCUCAGGUCUCCAAGGGGUUGCAUUGAUGAAGAGAGGUGUUGAAAUGGACUAGAAAGCUUGAUAUGAUGAAGGUUGUAAGCCAGAGUGAAUGCCAAAUACUUCAAAGAAUGGAAAAUACCACCCUUGUGAUUGUGGGAUUUGUUUCUUCGUCUGUGUAAACAAAAUUACCAGCACCACCAUUGCUCGUGGAAAGAUAACUUCAAAGCAAUAUGCAGUGGCAAGUAUGGGACUAUUGUGUUGUCUGUGUAGAAGAAGCAAAGCAUAGAUAUCGUAACUCAUCAGUGAGGAGAUUGAGGAAGUUGCCAUUGAUUAGUAUGAAAAUGUCAAGGAAUGGUUGCAAAAAUUGCAAUGUUGCUGUAUGCAAAGAGCAUUGGAGUAACUUCAACCAUCAAGUGCAGCGAUGUGUUAUAAACAAAUAUAUUCGUU